UUCAUAUGCAAUAAAAUAAUUUAUUUCGACUUUUUUCUACUAUUUAUUUUCAUAAAAAGUUUAAUAAUUUAAUUUAUGAGAUUCAUUUAUUCAAAAUAUAAUCCUUUUUCAAUGUCAUGAGAUAUAUGCUUGAAAAGGGAAUUCAAGAAUAAUAUUUGGUAAUUAAAAUUAGCAUUAAUGACACAAAUUAUUCCAUUGAUUAUGUUUUUUAAAAAAUAAAAAACCAUUGUUAAAGAUUAAAAAAAAAAACCCAUGUCCUUGUGCAUAGCGGAAAACGUGCAAAGGAAGUUACUUUAAACGACUAACCAGGCAUCAUAAAACCCUAACCCUGACUCUAUUAACACCCCAUCAAAACCCUAACUUUCACACGGUUUUCUUCUUUCUCUGAAGAUCAAAGAAAAAACCCUCAAAGAGGAAAAAGAAAGAAAUAAACAAUGAAGACUGUUGCUGCUUUCUUGUUGGCUGUUUUGGGUGGCAACAAUAGCCCUUCUGCUGAAGAUAUCAAGAAGAUUCUUGCCUCUGUUGGUGCUGAAGCUGAUGAUAAGAUUGAGCUACUCUUGUCUCAAGUUAAGGAUAAGGAUAUAACUGAGCUUAUUGCUGCUGGAAGGGAGAAAUUAGCUUCUGUGCCUUGUGGUGGUGGCGAAGCUGUUGCAGCGGCUGCUCCAGCUGAUGGCGCUGCUGCUCCUGCUGCUGGUGAGACAAAAGAGGAGAAGGUAGAAGAGAAAGAGGAUACAGAUGAUGAUCUGGGCUUCAGUCUCUUUGAUUGAGGAACUAUGAUAUCAGAAAAACUUUAUUCUUCAGAUCAGCUGUAGUACAGCUUUAGAACAUUACUUCUGCAGGAUGCAGGUUACGAGUAUUUUCUUUUUUUGAGACUAGAAAACCCUAGGUGUGCUAGAAAAAUCUGAGAUUUUAACUGUGGAUAGUGAUAUUUUUCCUUUUGUUCGUGAUCUUUUUAUCAAAGAUUAAAAUUUCGGUUGAGGUAUA